AUGGUGUGCCCGAUUACGGUCACCAAGUUCGUUGGGACGGUGUCCCUCGGGCUCUUGACGGGCCUGUCUUACUCCAUGGCGACUGUUACCAUCCCCUCGUUAAGACUACUCCCUACUGCUUCUCACGCCUCUCGCGCUCUGAAAGACGCUAAGCGACGCUCCCGCAAGCACGCUCUUCGCCUGGCCAACCUGACAAACACCUGUCUUCUCUUCGCCUGGCUCGUCUCGCCCAGACGUCGGAAACAUCCCUAUCUGAUCUGGGUGUGCCUCUCGUCCACCUUGGGCGCGUUCGGUGUGGACUUCUGGUUUAACCGCGACAAGGGUCUGGCCGCCUGGGCUCGCACGCUGAUUGAGGACGUUGACGUGCCCUUCUUGACUCUCAAGAAGAAGACGGCGGCGACACCAACGAAGAAGGACGAGGACCUGGUCGUGGUCGAGGCGGAAUCGGACGUCAAUGGCGAAAGGGUUGAGCGGGACAUGGAGCAGGAGCGCAAGCUGCAGCGCGCGAGGGCCUGGUUCUCUGGUGUCGCGCUGGCGAUGGGCAUUGUCGGACUGUGGGGCGACGGCCAACAAGGAGGCAUCGCACCAGCCUUAAAUAUGUAUUUUCCUCUCCCUCCUCCCCUCAGCUGCCUCAUCUCACCUCUACAUUCUUCACCUGCGAAAGUGACAUCCGCCUCUUCUCAUAUGCUAUGCAUCCGAUUCAUUGAGUAUUUUUGUGGAAACUAUCGUCUAUAUGAUCCAACGCCCAGCCAGGCAUUGGGCAUCUUUCUUGACAUUGACAAAUUGUUGUUUCUUUUCUUUAUUCCCUCCCCAGACAACAAGGUCGUCUUCUGUACCGGCGGCGCCGGAACCAUCUGCAGCGCGCAGGUCCGCGCUCUCGUCCACCUCGGCGCCAACGCGUGCAUAGUUGGGCGAAAUGUCGAGAAAACUGAGAGGAUGGCCAAGGAUAUCGCCACGGCGCGACCAGGUGCCAAAGUGAUUGGCAUUGGGGCUGUCGACGUGCGGAAGUUCGACACCUUGCAAGCCGCCGUGGAGCGCUGUGUGAAGGAGCUAGGAGGCAUUGAUUUCGUGAUUGCCGGCGCAGCAGGCAACUUCCUCGCCUCGAUCAACCAGCUCUCCGUCAAUGCGUUCAAAUCGGUCAUGGAUAUCGACGUCCUCGGCUCUUACAACACGCUCAAAGCGACCAUCCCUUACUUGACAGAGUCGGCCGCAAAGCAUAGAGUGGAUCCGAAGAGUUUAAGACAAUCACAACAAGGCACUGGCGGCCGAAUCAUCUUUGUCAGUGCUACGAUCCAUUAUACGGGCAUUCCGUUCCAGACACACGUCUCCGUCGCCAAAGCCGGUGUCGAUGCAUUAUCCAACAAUGUCGCCCUCGAGUUUGGUCCUCUGGGCGUGACCUCGAAUGUUAUCGCACCGGGACCGAUUGCGAAUACAGAGGGUGUCGAGCGUCUCGUGCCCUCCACAGAGAAAGAGAAAGCCACGAAAAAGCAGCCUCUGGGCCGAUUCGGCUCUGUGCGGGACAUUGCUGAUGCGACGGUGUAUCUGUUCUCCGAGGCUGGAAGCUACGUGAAUGGCCAGACUCUUGUUGUCGACGGAGCAUCCUGGCGUAUUAGUAGCAGCUCGAUCGGUGGCAGUUUCGCAUAUCCAGACUUUCUCCUCUCAGGCAAUGCUGUCUCCAACGUGAAGGGCCAGAAGAAAUCCAAACUUUAG